AUGGCGACUGCGGUGGAGAUUGCACCAAAGCCGAACCACCCAGCCAUGAAGUCAAACACGACGCCAAACAAGUCCGACCAGACGGAGCGGCUGCGGGCGGCCAUCGCGCACAGUCUGCCGCCCGCGUACAACUUCGAAGUGGAGAAGACCAUAACGCGACUGAACCAGGAACGCGCGCGCGCGGUCUGUCUCCAGUUCCCCGAGGGCCUGCUUGUAUGGGGCGAGGCCAUUGCGGCCUUGCUGGAGGAGUUCACGGAGACCGUGCAGCGUGUCGUAGUUCUCGGAGACGUGACCUACGGGGCGUGCUGCGUCGACGACAUAAAGGCCGUCCACCUCGGCUGCGACUUUCUCGUCCAUUACGCUCACUCAUGUCUAGUCCCCAUCGACGCUGUCAACAUCAAGUGCCUAUAUGUGUUUGUCGAGAUCUACCUCAACCCCAGAAGGCUGGCACGAACUAUAAAAGACAUAAUUCUGUUGGCCACGAUUCAGUUUUCAAAGUGUGUACACCAGGCUUGUCGCGAGUUGGUGGAGGAGUUUGGUAGUGGUGUGUUUAUUCCGCAGUGUGAGCCGUUGACGGCGGGGGAGACGUUGGGUUGCACGUCGCCGGUAUUUCCGGCGGGUUGUCGCACAUGUGUGUUUGUAGCGGAUGGUCGAUUCCACGUGGAGAGUGCGAUGAUCCAGAACCCAGAGACGCGCUUUUACCGAUAUGACCCUUUCACGCGGCGGUUGGUAUUGGAGGAGUACGACCACAGUUUGUUGUUUCGGCUUCGGAACGGCGUUCUAAGGCGUGUGGAGCGUGCACACACUUUUGUUCUCAUCUUGUCGUCGCUGGGUCGUCAGGGCAGUGUGGGGUUGGUGGAGCACGCGCGCGUCCAGGUGCGCAAGUACCGUCCGACGGCCACGGUGUUGACUGUCAUGCUUGCGGAGCUCGUGCCCAGCACGCUCGGCGCGUUGCUCCAAAACUUUGACGAUCCCGGCCGCGUAUGCUUCGUCAACGUCGGCUGUCCACGACUCGCCCUCGACUGGGGACAUGAAUUCACCCAGGCCCCUUUCAUUACCACUUACGAAAUGCAACAAGUACUCGCCACCAGCGUCUACGCCAUUAACACUCACCCCAUGGACUACUUCAGCGCCAAAGGCGGAGACUGGAGCAAUUAUGGUCGAGAUGGCAAUCGCAACGGCUCCAUCGGCCACACCUCCGACAAGGCCGCCAUGCGCGAGAGACUCAGGCAAAAAUGGCUACAACGGAAACAACAAAUCGCCCAAAACUGUCGCUCUCAAAACCUUCAGCCUGGAAACCAACCGGGAUGA